UUGCGCGGCGGAACACCCCAGCACCUGAAUGCGCACAACACGGUAGAGCGGAGCAGGAACGACGACAACGACGACAAUCGUAGUCUCCAGGAAGUACUUUGCUGCAACAGCGAUUCGCAUCAAUCAAGAACCACUGCGAUCAGUCUCGGAGCCAGUAGUCGCUGGACAAUAUUCGGCAAUGGAUCUGAGCGAAACAGAAAAAGUUGAAGGAGAAAGCCCAAGAACGAGAGCUCCUGUCCCCGUGGAUGGGGAGUCUCUCAACGUCGGACCGAGUUCGGGUUUCCACUGGAGUUCCUCGAAGGUUUCUCACGCGAGUUCCCACGCGAGUCUUCACGUGAGCCCCCACAAGGAUUCCCACGUUGGUGGUCUGCAUUUCUACGAGAGCACCUGCUCGACAUCGGAUGAAAGCGGCGACAACUUGGGAGGCGAGAGCGAUUCCCCCGGCAACCGAUUCCACGAAAUACCGAGCACGCUGGAGUUCACUCGAGAGAAAGAAGAGGAUGACCACACCUGUAUGUCCUACAUUUCUCCCUCUAGUCUGAGGACUGAGAUAGAGAUGGAGGGGGGCGACCUGCCACAGCUUCCCUUUUUCGCACGCGAGGACGACGGGUACGAACGCAAAGACGAAGUUGAGCGCGAAAUCGAAUGCAAAAUCGAACACGAAGUCCAACGCGAAGUCCAACACAAAGACGAACACGAAUACGAAGACGUCGUCCUGCACGAGCACGAGCACGAGCACCUCUCGCAACGCCAACGCGAAACAGAACGAGAACAACAAGACGACCAACGGUCCAUCAAGCAGGACCACCCCCCCGUGUCUGUCCGGGACUACUGCGCUUCCUCCCCAGGGAUAACGAGACCCGUUGACUCCAAGCCCAUGACGGGUACAGACCGACUCUUUGGUUUUCGGCGGCGAUUCAACGUUCUCCUGGACGCCGGGAUUCCGAACGCGAGCCCCGAGGAGUUCCCGUCCCGAUCCCGGGUUCUCUCUGUGCCUAGUUCGGUGCCUCGUUCUCGGUCCCUUCGUUCGGGACCAUUGCAGCGCUUUUGCUUCCGGGGUAGGACCAGCCUGCGGUUCGCGCUGGUGUUUGGGACCAUGCUGUUCAUAUUUCUUUCCAUCCACGACAACAUGCGGAGCUCGAGGCGGUACUAUCGAGAACUGGACCAGCUGCUGUCUUCGGAUACUGUCGGGAGCAAUCGGCGGGACGAAAUCGCCUUUCCAUUCGUGCAGCUGCGGGUCCGAGAGCCGGCGGGUGGAAUCUCGCACACCAAUGAGCAUGGAUCAGACACGAACCAGCAAAGCAGCGGCGACGGUCGUUCGAGGCUCCCGAAAUUCGUCGUUUCCAGGGUCGAACCAUCGCUGCGAAACAAGGCCAACGCCAACGCCAACGCCAGAAAUGCCGUUGGCGGAGGCGCGCAUAACAACUUAGCAAUGGCCCGUGGAAAGGAACACUCGCGACCCUUAUUCGUCCCCGGCGUGCCGUUCCCCACCGGUGGUGUCCAUAAACCACUGGAGCGCUUUGUCUUCGAGGAUUCGAGGAAACCGCUUUCGCACCACCCGCAGGAUCAACACCGGGGGCUGCGCUUCUUGUUAUCCCUACCACCCCGGGCCAUCUGGAUGAUCAGCCUGGUUCUGGUCGCGUUGGUGCUGGACAAGCGAUGGAGGGAAGGCCGCGUGCGCCGGACCAGGGGCCUCCCUCUUUCCCGGACCGAAGAAAGGCGCGAACGAAAGAAUUCGUGCUAGGUGGAAGUACAAACCUAACCAUGCCGCGAUGUGUCGAAUGCGCGAACACGAAACGAGGCGGUGACCGCUGCUGCUUGCGAUGCAAAAACAAUUGAACUACAAGAAACUACGACACGAAACCGGAUGGACACGCGAAAAUACAUCAGCAUCGUGGGGUGAUACAGAUCUUGCUCCGAAAGUAUUGGUUCGUGGUCAGUGAUCCCGAACCCGGGCAUCUCCACGAAAGAAACACAAACCAUCCGUAACCCAGACAAAGAAGCACAGCCACUUGCAUAUGCGAAACCAAGACGGGAACUUCAGGACACUGUAGAUCAUUCCCGCGUCAGGGUACAACACAUCACAUCACAAUGCACGGCUGACUAGAUUAGAAAACAACUACAGGUACGAAGCAUCGAUCGAUCGAUCGAGCACCACUCGCGAACGAAUGCAACGGUUGCAACGAAAACAACCAAUGAAAUAAAUUACUAGAGACCACGUUGGACCUGUGAUGCACCUUCGACACAUCCGUUUCUGUUCUAGCAACUGUUUUUUCCAAAAAUCAACCUUCGUCUCGCGCAGUUUACAACAUCGCUUCUGUAUCGCACGCCAUGCCACGGACACACCAGCGGAGAAAAAGGGGCAUUCGGUUUGUCCGUUCGUUCGUUCGCGUUGGAAUCGCCCGGUGCCAGUUCUUCUCCGGACCAAGCGUGUUGGAUCCCGUUCCGCCGCCGAAGCCAACCGCUUUGCUCGGGUCACGGAACGAUCGUCUCGAGGAAGGCCAGGGCUGGAUCGUUGGAACGGGCGUCCGCAACGUCUUCGUAG